CUGCAAACAGACUGCUAAACGCCUUCUUAAAAUAUACCGGAUACAAUAUUGGUCGGGGUGAUACAUUUUGAAUUUUUAAACCUUUUCACUUGAAUUAAAAUCACUCAAAUUCAUUUAAUUAAAAUAAGGAGAGUGGGAUGUUUAUUCUGCUAACUUUAGGAGCUUUAGCUAGUGAAUCAAGGGCUUAAUCAGUUGAAGGAAAGCCCUUUAUGUACAAACAACGUGAUGAUAUUUAUGUUUAUGGUCUUACACUUUUAUUGUAAGGCUACACGUCUAUAAUUUAAGCAAUCCAAUCGACUUAGGAGCUCAUCUAGUUACCGAACUAUGGAUUCGGCGAUCGUUGAUGAAUGCCCCGUGAAGAACGAACCCCUCGAAGAAGACACAUUCGAGGAAGAAUUGCGCUCGAUUUCAGACUGCGACAUCGAACAGCCAGAAAGCGAAAUAAAGAUCGAGGAAACUUAUGACAUCGAUUUUGAGUCAGCGAAAAGAAAGAGAAAAGAGCCCAAAAAAGCCCCGACGAAGCUGAUGACUUGUAAAUCCAAAAAAGGACAGAAGUGCCUCUUGCGAAAUCACACAGAUACGUUUAAGUGUAAACAAUGCCAAAAGACGUUUACAAGAAAGGAAAACCUUCAAACACACUUGCAAAUUCACGCAGGAGAACGGCCGUUCGAGUGUUCCCACUGCUCCAAGAGUUUUGCACGCAGCACACAUUUUAAGCGACAUUUGCUCAUACACGCCGAAAACCGACCCUUUAAGUGUUCCCACUGCUCAAAGACUUUUACCCUGAAUACAUCGCUCAAACAACAUCUGCGUAUGCACACAGGAGAAAGGCCCUUCAAGUGUUCCCAGUGCUCUGCGUCAUUUACAGUGAAGUCUACACUUCACGCACACAUGGUAGUGCACACUGGCGAGAGGCCGUUCAAGUGUACCCAGUGUUCAACGUCUUUUGCGCGGAAAACGAAUCUUCAGGAACACUUGCGUGCGCACACAGGAGAACGCCCCUUCAAGUGUACCCACUGUCCGAAGGCAUUCAAAACCAACUCGCAUCUCCAGGAACACUUGCGAACGCAUACGGAGGCACGACCCUUUAAGUGUUCCCAGUGCUCGAAGAGCUUUAAGCUAAAAUCAAUUCUUCAAAAGCACCUGCUAACGCACGCUGAAGGAUCCUUUAAGUGUAACCAGUGCACAAAGACUUUUGCAGGGAAUGAAAGUUUGCAAAUACAUUUGCGAAUGCAUGCGGGAGAAAACCCAUUCAAGUGUCCUCAUUGCCCAGAGACCUUCGCAAGGAAUUCCAUUUUUCAACUACACUUGCUUGAACACGCAGGCAAAGAGCCCCUGAAGUGUUCCCAGUGUCCAGCCACUUUUGCAAUGAGGUCACUUUUUCAAAUCCACGCACGUUCGCACACAAGAGAGCGACAGUUUAAGUGUGCCGAAUGCUCGAAAUCCUUUUUUAGGAAGUCUCACCUCAAGGAGCACCAUCUAGUUCACACGGGAGAAAGGCCAUUUAAGUGUACGCACUGUUCCAAGGAUUUCAAACAUAGUUCGCAUCUUCAGGUCCAUUUGCGAGAUCACCCUGGAGAAAAUCCACUUAAGUGUUCCUACUGUUCGAAGGCAUUUAAGCUGCAUUCGCAACUGCAGUUGCACCUGCGAGACCAUACUGAAAAAAACUCAUUUCAGUGUUCCCACUGCUCGAAGACUUAUUCGUCCAACACGACCCUUCAAAUACACUUGCGAACGCACACGGGCGAAUUGCCCUUUAAGUGUUCCCAUUGCUCUAAGAGUUUUGCAAGGAGCGCCGAAUAUCGGAAACACUUGCUGGUGCACACGGGAGAAAAGCCCUUCAAGUGUUCACACUGCUCAACCAGAUUCACCCAGAAAUCCAGUCUUGGGCGACACCAGCGGAGAAACUUAUGCGGCAUGAACUCAGACUGAAAAUAAUUAGUUCAGACAUAACGUAGAAAUAAAGUAAUAGUAAUAAACGAUUAGUAAUGAA